AUGGGACGCGAGACGCAGAAACCGGUUCCAUGGAAGACUGACGCGUCGGCGGACAAGACCCGGUUCGCCGGGAAGCCCCGUAGCUUGGCGAACUCCCGUCGCGGCUCUCGCGCGCCGAGCGAGGCCGGGGAUGCGGCUCCGGCGGAGGAACUCGUGUGGAAGACGACGCACGAGCAAUCCUUCGGCGAUUCGCGACCCGGAAGCCGCCUCUCGCAGCGCUCGCACGCCACCGACUCCGUGGUGGGUUUCGGCGAUGCCACCAGCUGGCGCACGACGAACCGGGAGUUUCAGUACGAUCCCAACGACUUCGUCCCAACCCCGGAGAAGAAGCGUUGGGACCCGAACUUUCCAGACGGGAGAGAUCCGCGGGGGGAGAUUGCCAGGCGUCGAAGCCGCGUCGCCGAUCCCGCGGGCACCGGCGAGAGCGACGUCGGCGGGUGGGCGGGGAUACCGAGGAUGAGCAUAAGGAAGGGCGCGGUGGACCCGCUGGGAGGGCCGGACAGGGGCCGCUCGGGCGUGCUCAUGUCGCACCUCGAAGCCGGCUUCGACGGCGCGCCGCCGACGGAGGAGGAUGACGACGAGGGAGCGGAGAAACCUUUCUGGACGAAGCGGGGGGUUCACCCCAUGCGUCGAAAGCAACCCGUCGGCGGCAGCGACGUGCUCACCGGCCUGUGGAUGAGCAGCACCACGUCCUACGGCAUGCACGCCCCCGACUACCAGCUGACGAGGCGGGAAAAGACGGAUCGCGCGGCGCGAAAGAUUGAGAUGCAACACUCGGCGCCGCACCGCCCCGACCACGUGCUCUCCGCGGUGGUGCACAACGCGCUGCCGCCGCGAUGGAGGCGAAGCUCGCGAGGGAACUGA